AUGGAUAGUGAGGAAAUACUUUCUAUACAAUAUGAUCAAGAUGUAUAUUACAAAAUAGAUGAAAUUUCUAAACACAUUUCCCAAACAAUCGACUUUUGUAAACAAAAAUCUGGGGAACUGAAGUCUCAGGGUGAUUCCUACUCUCAUAUUAAGUUUUUUACAUACUUAAAUGAAUUACUAGAACAACGCUCGAACGAUCUUCUUUCUGCCAUAGAUAAAAAGAGAUCAGAACUUUUGGUGAGAAACCAAGAAGGAUUACCUAUUGUAGACAUUCAUGAGGAAGUUGACGAGGAUGGCAAUAUACUACGUUCGGACGUAAAGCCUCAAAAUAUAUCCUCUGUUACAGAUUACGCCGAUGUCAUACGAAGUUUGCCAGGAUUUGGCAAUCCAAAAGAGACUACAACAUCUUCUAAAUCUUCUGAUACUGAAUUACCAGAAACAAGGAUUGAGGAAUUGCCAGCUGAAGGGACCGCGGCUAGUGAAAUAUCGAACACUGAUGAACAAGUUACCGAAAAAAAUGGGGACGAUGGUCCAGAUAGGUUAAAUACUUCUCAAUCUCGGCAACAAUUAAAACCCCAGGUUAAAGCAAAAUCAUCUCCAACUGUAAAUAAAAUUGAUUCAAAGCAGAAUGAAAAGAAACCAGAGUACGAGAGGGACGAAAAGAAAAAUAAAUCUUUGUUCAAAAAAGGUUUUCUUUCUAAUCCCAAAAGCGAAUCUCAAGACCACUCCAAGAAGGUUGAAAAGGCUAAAAAGGAAGAAUUGGAGAAACAGCGUCAAAUAGAAAAGAGGAAAAUGUCAGAUGUCACGGAUAAUAAUGCCGUUAAAGAGACUGUUACGGAAAAGCCUGUUCAGAAAUCAAAUAACCAAAAACAAUCAGAUACAGAGCCAUUGACGAAUUCUAAGCCGCAAAAAAAAAUGUCAAAGUUUAAAGAAGCAAAACUUCAAAGACUUGCUCAGAGAAAUCAAUCUCAUUCGGAUAAUGCAGAUAAUUCAAAUUUAACUACUGAUAUCACAGAUUCUUCCGAGUCUACUAAGUUUGACAUCCCACAAAUUAAAGAAGAAUCCAAGGAAAAAGGUGAUUCCUUAGGUCAAGCUCCAGCGUCUACCGAAAGUGAUACUGUCACAAAUAUUGACGAUGAUAACCCAAUUAUUUUACCUGUACCAACAGAUGCCGAAGGGCAGAGUAUGACAUGGAGCAGCUCCUUCAGGACAUGGAAGAUGCUGGCGAACUACAAUCUGCUUUAUCGCUACAAAUUAGACAAACGGGUUGACAUUAGCUUAAAUUUUUCUAGGAACCUAGUACCUCCUUUAAAUCCAAAUUACUUUGGGGAGGAUAAUGUAGAUACUUCAGAUGAUGUUGCUCGAUCGAUUGAACCCCGAAAGGAGAAUCUUGCUGUUGACGAAGCUGAAAUGCCCGGAAGACAUGUACAUUUUGCCGACACAUUAGAAAUUAAACAUGUUAGCCGAAAUGGAAAAUCUCGUAUUGAAAAUGUACCAACUCCUACUGAAGAUUACGAUAACAUGUUUGAGCCUCAUGAGUAUGGCAGUCGCAUAUCAGCGUUCCGGAAGAAUCGAAGUAAGAUGAAAUCGCAAGAAAAAAAUAAAGGGGUGGAAUCUUCUAACAACGUGCACAAGGAAAAAAAACUGCCACCUUUCGAAGAGACUGUUUCGGAGCGUUCCUCAUCAGAUCAUGAAGAAAAACCUCCCACUUUACAAAACGAAGAAAACCUUGUGGAGAAGUAUUUAAAUGAGACACCUACGAUGAAAUCCAACGUUUUUGAAAGACAGCCCUCAAGGAGUGUUGAACAAGCAAAAGAGGAUUUUGAGGAUCAUCAGGAAUUCGUAAAAGAUGGGCGGGAAAUUUCCCACCGGUACUACGAACUUCGUCGUAAAAUACUAAAUCCAGAAUUGAAGGAUGUUAAGGAGGAAGAAGGUGUUGUACCAGUUGACGAAAAUGGAAAUGAGCGACCUAAGCUGAGUAAAUUCAUGGCAGCCCGUUUGGGUGGUAAAUUAUGA